GCGCACGCGCGCUCCGUACAGGAUCGGCCGGGCGGUCGGGGGCGCGCGGGGCGGCGGCGGCGCCCGAGGAGCCGCCCGCGCUCGUGCCCGCGCGUCUGUGGAGCCGCCCGGGCCGCACCUCUGGCCGCAGCCUCCGCUCGCCGCGGGCAGAUGCAGGUCGCCGGGCGGAGGGGAGCAACGUAGCCGCAGCCCGCGCCGCCGCCUGGGCUCGGCCCGGCCCGGUCCCGGCCCCGACCGCGCCCGGCUGUCCUUCGGCGGGGCCAUGGCCGAGCGCGGGUGCCCGCUGGAGGCGGUGCCGCUGCCCGCCGAGGUGCGGGAGAGCCUGGCCGAGCUGGACCUGGAGCUGUCGGAAGGUGACAUCACUCAAAAAGGAUAUGAGAAGAAAAGGGCAAAGCUGCUUGCACGUUAUGUACCACUCAUUCAAGGAGUAGAUCCAUCCCUACAAGCGGAGAAUAGGCUCCCCGGGCCCUCACAGACCACGGCCUCCGCCCCCAAACAGCAGAAGCCACGGCCCAGCAGCACCCGGGACGAGCGCUUCAGGUCAGAUGUUCACACCGAGGCUGUGCAGGCAGCUUUGGCCAAAUACAAAGAGAGGAAGAUGCCCAUGCCGUCCAAGAGGCGCUCUGUCCUCACGCACACGUCCGUGGAGGCCUGCACACCCCCAGACACGUCGUCUGCCUCGGAGGAUGAGGGCUCUCUGCGGCGACCAGGGCCGCGCGCCUCCGCUCCGCUCCAGAGCUGGCCCAGCGUCGAGCCCUGGCUCGACCCGGCCCCUCAGGGCUCGUCCACCUCGUCCUCCGCAUCCUCCACCUCAUCUCACCCGGGAGGGCAGCCCGCCGCCGCGCUCGCAGGCCCCGCGGCCCUCGCCCGUCUAGAUCUGCGCCCUGCCCCUCCCGAUGUCACCACGGGCCUCCUGCAGCAGCAGCAGCUCGGGUACCGCGAGCGUCCACAGCUGGCUUCCGUGAGAGGCGUCCCUCGGGGGUGCCGUGGGAGCGUCCUGGAGACGGCAGGUGGUGUCCCCGUGAGCAGCAGAGUGUCCUCCAAGAUCCAACAGCUUCUAAACACCCUGAAGAGGCCGAAGCGCCCUCCUCUGAAGGAGUUCUUCGUGGAUGAUUUUGAGGAGCUGUUGGAAGUGCAGCAGCCAGACCCGAAUCAGCCGAAGCCAGAGGGCAGCCAGAUGGCAGUGCUGAAGGGGGAGCCGCUGGCCGUGGGCACUGCCUGGCCGCCGUCGCUGCUGGCUGCCUUGCAGCAGUGGGGCACCACGCAGCCCAAAGCCCCGUGCCUGACCGCCCUGGACACCGCCGGGAAGGCCGCCUGCACCCUCACCUACGGCAAACUUUGGAGUCGGAGUUUAAAAGUAGCUUAUACGCUACUUAAUAAACUGACUAGUAAGAAUGAACCACUACUUAAACCUGGAGACAGAGUAGCGCUGGUGUUUCCCAACAGUGACCCCGUGAUGUUCGCGGUGGGGUUCUACGGGUGUCUCCUGGCAGAGCUGGUUCCGGUCCCCGUUGAAGUGCCGCUGACGAGGAAGGACGCCGGCAGCCAGCAGGUCGGGUUUCUGCUGGGCAGCUGUGGCGUCGCCCUGGCCCUGACCACGGACGCCUGCCAGAAGGGCCUGCCCAAGGCCCAGACCGGAGAGGUGGCGACCUUCAAAGGCUGGCCCCCCCUCGCCUGGCUGGUGAUCGACGGGAAGCACCUGACGAAGCCCCCCAAGGACUGGCACCCGUCGGCGCAGGAUGUGGGGGCCGGGACCGCCUACAUCGAGUAUAAAACCAGCAAAGAAGGCAGCACGGUGGGGGUUGCGGUGUCCCACGCGUCCCUGCUGGCACAGUGCCGGGCUCUGACCCAGGCGUGCGGCUACUCGGAAGCUGAAACAUUAACAAAUGUGCUGGAUUUCAAGAGGGACGCUGGCCUGUGGCAUGGAGUGCUCACAAGCAUCCUGAACAGGAUGCAUGUGGUCAGUGUCCCCUAUGCGCUGAUGAAGGCGAACCCGCUCUCCUGGAUUCAGAAAGUGUGUGCGUAUAAAGCCCGCGCCGCGCUGGUGAAGUCGCGUGACAUGCACUGGUCUCUUCUGGCUCAGCGAGGCCAGAGAGACGUCAGCCUCAGCUCCCUGCGCCUGCUGAUCGUGGCUGAUGGCGCGAACCCAUGGUCCAUAUCCUCCUGUGACGCGUUCCUCAACGUCUUCCAGGCCAGAGGGCUGAGGCCGGAGGUGAUCUGUCCCUGCGCCAGCUCCCCGGAGGCGCUCACGGUGGCCAUCCGCAGGCCGCCCGAGCUGGGGGGCCCUCCUCCAAGAAGAGCUGUGCUGUCGAUGAGCGGCCUCAGUCACGGGGUGAUCCGAGUGGACGUGGAAGAGAAGCUGUCGGUCCUGACCGUUCAGGACGUGGGCCAGGUGAUGCCUGGAGCUGACCUGUGUGUGGUGAAGCCGGAGGGUCCCCCUCACCUCUGUAAAACCGACGAAGUUGGAGAAAUCUGCGUCGGCUCUGGCGCCACGGCCACGGCGUACUACGGGCUGCCCGGCAUCACCAAGACCGUCUUCGAGACGGUGCCGGUCACCACAGGGGGCGCGCCCGUCUCCAACAGGCCUUUCACAAGGACGGGGCUGCUGGGCUUCAUCGGGCCUGAUAACCUGGUCUUCGUCGUGGGCAAGCUGGACGGGCUGAUGGUGGUGGGCGUCCGCAGGCACAACGCGGACGACGUUGUGGCCACCGCUCUGGCCGUGGAGCCCAUGAAGUUUGUCUACAGAGGCAGGAUCGCGGUGUUCUCCGUGACGGUCCUGCACGACGACCGGAUCGUGCUGGUGGCGGAGCAGCGGCCCGACGCCUCGGAGGAGGACAGCUUCCAGUGGAUGAGCCGCGUGCUGCAGGCCAUCGACAGCAUCCACCAGGUGGGCGUGUACUGUCUGGCCCUGGUUCCUGCCAACACCUUGCCCAAGGCUCCUCUCGGAGGGAUUCACGUUUCUGAAACCAAGCAGCGCUUUCUGGAGGGGAUGCUGCACCCGUGUAACGUGUUAAUGUGCCCUCACACAUGUGUUACCAACCUUCCCAAGCCUCGCCAGAAGCAGCCAGAGGUUGGACCAGCCUCCAUGAUUGUUGGGAAUCUGGUCGCGGGGAAGAGAAUUGCUCAGGCCUCAGGGAGGGAGCUGUCUCACCUGGAGGACAGCGACCAGGCAAAGAAGUUCCUGUUCUUGCCCGAUGUGCUGCAGUGGCGGGCCCACACCACCCCCGAGCACCCGCUGUUCCUGCUGCUCAGUGCCAAGGGCACAGUCACCAGCACCGCAACCUGCGUCCAGCUGCACAAAAAGGCUGAGAGAGUGGCUGCUGCUCUGGUGGAGAAGGCCAGGCUGAGCGCUGGGGCCCACGUGGCGCUGGUCUACCCCCCAGGGGUGGACCUCAUUGCUGCCUUCUAUGGCUGCCUGUACUGCGGCUGCGUGCCUGUCACCGUGCGGCCCCCGCACCCCCAGAACCUCGCCACCACACUUCCCACCGUAAAGAUGAUCGUGGAGGUCAGCAAGUCCGUGUGCGUCCUCACCACGCAGGCCAUCACGCGCCUGCUCAAGUCCAAGGAAGCAGCGGCCGCCGUGGACGUCAGGACCUGGCCGACCAUCCUAGACACAGACGACACCCCCAAGAAGAAGGUAGCCAGCGUCUUCAGGCCCCCGUCCCCAGACGCGCUUGCGUACUUGGACUUCAGCGUGUCAACAACCGGGAUCCUGGCAGGUGUGAAGAUGUCGCACGCGGCCACCAGCGCCCUGUGCCGCUCCAUCAAGCUGCAGUGCGAGCUCUACCCCUCCAGGCGCAUCGCCAUCUGCCUCGACCCCUACUGCGGUCUUGGCUUCGCCCUGUGGUGUCUGUGCAGUGUCUACUCGGGACACCAGUCGGUGCUGGUGCCCCCGCCGGAGCUGGAGACCAACGUGUCCCUGUGGCUGUGGGCCGUCAGCCAGUACAAGGCCCGCGUCACCUUCUGCUCCUACUCGGUGAUGGAGAUGUGCGCCCGGGGCCUGGGUGCACAGACGGCCGUGCUCAGGACGAAGGGUGUGAGCCUGUCGUGUGUGCGCACCUGCAUGGUGGUGGCUGAGGAGCGGCCCCGGAUUGCGCUCACACAGUCCUUCUCCAAGCUGUUCGGGGACCUGGGCCUGCCCGCGCGCGCCGUGAGCACCACGUUCGGCUGCAGGGUCAACGUGGCCAUCUGCCUCCAGGGCACGGCCGGCCCGGACCCCACGACCGUCUACGUGGACAUGAGGGCACUGCGCCACGACAGGGUACGUUUGGUGGAACGGGGUUCUCCUCACAGUCUGCCGUUGACAGAGUCUGGAAAGAUCCUCCCUGGAGUGAAGGUCAUCAUCGCACAUGCCGAGACCAGAGGGCCCCUGGGAGACUCACACCUGGGGGAGAUCUGGGUGAGCAGCCCGCACAACGCCACUGGGUACUACACAGUCUACGGGGAAGAGGGGCUCCAUGCAGAUCACUUCAGUGCCCGGCUGAGUUUUGGAGACACCCAGACUGUUUGGGCGAGGACUGGCUUCCUGGGCUUCCUUCGAAGGACAGAGCUCACCGACGCCAGUGGAGAGCGACAUGACGCGCUGUACGUGGUGGGGUCUCUGGAGGAGACGCUGGAGCUGAGGGGCAUGCGCUAUCACCCCAUCGACAUCGAGACGUCGGUGACCCGCGCGCACAGGAGCAUUGCUGAGUGUGCCGUGUUCACCUGGACCAACCUGCUGGUGGUGGUGGUGGAGCUGGACGGGCUGGAGCAGGACGCGCUGGACCUGGUGGCCCUGGUGACGAACGUGGUGCUGGAGGAGCACCACCUGGUGGUGGGCGUGGUGGUGGUGGUGGACCCGGGCGUCAUCCCCAUCAACUCCCGCGGGGAGAAGCAGCGCAUGCACCUGCGGGACGGCUUCCUGGCCGACCAGCUGGACCCCAUCUACGUCGCCUACAACAUGUGAGCGCAGCGCACAGCCCGGCCCGGGGGGCUCAGGCCCCGUCGGAGGCGCUGGGACGUGUGAAACAGGGAGAGCAGCCCCCGGGGAGAGGACGUGAGGCCCCGCGAGUGCGGAGUCCGUCCUCCUACGCUCUUACAGGUCCAUCUCAUGUUAGAAACCACUUCCUGAAUUAUUCAAAGAAAUCUCUUCAGCAUCAAGGACAUUUCCAGAAACGUGAAUGUCAGUAUUUUAACAGGUGGGGUGACUGGGAAAGGAGCCCUCAUGGGCGCUGUGGGAGCUGCAGGCGCGGUUCUCUGCUGUAUUGUGAGUUUGCACUUUGUUUAGGCUAAAAAUAUAGUUCUCGAUUUAGAAAAUUCAACUAUUUAUUCCCACUUCAAAGGACAAGCUGAUAUAUAGAGUUUAUGUGAGAAGGAAUUUGAGGCCCAAGUACAGCUGCUUCAAUUCACAGGGAGGAGCAGAGCCCAGAAAGGCUGGUGGACGGGAGUGAGCCUGGCCUGGCCGCCCUGCCCGCCGUUGGGCCCCAGACCAGGCCCUGGAUGCACACACUUCCUCUCUGGAGACAGGUGUGCCUGGCUGUCUGCCUGUGUGGUCACUAACACUUGACAUGGCCGUUUGGGCUGGCAGGUGAGGUGCUCUGUUUUGGAAAGAUAAACCAGCACUGAGUUUUAAACCACUUUCUGAGCUUCUGACUUCGUGCUGUUCAGCUGAAGUGCUUGUUUUCAUAACCACAGUGUAAGCUCUUCUUACUGCACAGAAGUGUGCUGAAUUAUUAUUUUUAUUCCACGUCAGUAGAUGUGGAAGCCCCAGUGGGGUGAGAUUUUCGUCCUCAGUGACAUCUGCCAAGCCCCCGGGAGAGCCUUGCCAGCUGCUGUUGGGUUUUGAGUUGUGUGCCUAUAAAAUUUGGCCAAAUCAUGUUCUGUUAUUUUAUUCAAACUUGACUAAACGGAGUGAGAUAAUAUUAUAGUAAACCUAAAUCAAAGAAGAGAACGUGAAAUCCUCUAGAUACUUCUAAGAAUUUGAAGUGAAGCUUGAAUCUAAGAAUAUUUUUGUAUCACUAGUAAAGAGUGUGUUAUGACUGUUGGGGACUGAGGCUUGGGAGACUUUAUGACUCACACGUGCUUCCUAGAGCAACCAGGUUUUUCUGGAGUCAGCCUGGAUCAGUGCCUAACAAAGUUGUUAUUAAUUCUCUACCAUCUUUAAUUCUCCACCAGAAAGCCCUGGCUAACGGGGCCAACUCACUUCUGACUCUUAUUUGGCUACAAGUGGCUUGUGCUCAGUGGCUGUUGGCCUGCAGUGCAGUAUGUGACCACAUACUGGAAUUUGAAUAAUCCUUUUGUAACUAUGUACAUAAUCUGUAUAACUUAUCAUUUGACGUACAGAGGUUCUAGUAGUUGACUAAUGGACAUUCCUUAUAACAGAAUGGCCGGCAGGGGAAGAACUACCUGGCCCUGUAUGUUGUAGUUUUAUAGCAAACAAAUAUUGUAAAACUUUUGUAUUGAAAGGUUGGUGGCAGUAAGACAAGGUGUCUUGUAAAUUAAGAUUUUAAGAAGCAUUAAAAUGUUUUAAAAUUACUCUCUGGGAAUUCUGUAUAUCACACUAAAAUUUUAUAUCAUUAUGUUAAUAAAAGUUAUCGACUGUUUGUAAUUCUGCAUUUUGAAAUGUGUGAAAAGGUUUUUAAAAUUACCCCAAAUAGGAUAUAUUUUAUUAUGCAUUUCUCUUUCCUGAAUGUAAAAGCAUUUAUGCUACAGCAUAAAAUCUACAAAGCACAUUAAAAGUAUAAAGAAGAAAAUUUAAAUCUCCUAUAAUCCUACCUCUUGGUAAUGACAGCGUUAAUAUUUGAUGUAAAUCCUUUCAAGGAUUUAUUUUUUUCCUUUAAAACACUUUUACAGAUUAGGAUUGAUCAUAUACUUUUAUAAUCAGCU